CACCAACCCAAAUAAAAAAAGAAAACCCUAAACCUCUAAUUCAGCUUCACUUCUUCCUCGCUCUCUCUCCCUAUCUCUCAACACCCAGAAUUCCAGAUUCUCCCCCAAAAUCUUUUAAGGUUCAAAUUGUGAUUUUGGGUUGAAAAUGGCCAACAACAGCUUACCUCCUCAUUUGGCAAAAGAACAGAUCAUGUUUAUGGCAGAGAAGGAGAUGGAGUACAGGGUCGAGUUGUUUAACAAGCUCACUCAGACCUGCUUUCGCAAAUGCACUGAAAAAAGCUACAAGGAAUCUGAGCUGAACAUGGCUGAAAACAGUUGUAUCGAUCGUUGUGUUUCAAAGUAUUGGCAGGUGACUAACCUAGUGGGUCAGUUGCUCGGAACAAAUCAGCCUCCCAUGUGAAUGGCGUUCACCCUUUUGAAGCAAUCACCGCCUUUGCUUAGAUGAAGCUGUGGCGAAAGAAAAAGAGAAAAAAAAUGAUACUGUUGUUAUUCUCAGGAAUCAGAAUACUUUUCGCUGAAAAUUUUGCUUAUUUUAAGCUUAACUAUCCAUGUUAUGUGCCAAGUGAUGGCGUUACUACAAAUGAUUUGACAUUCAAGUACUAGAUGUUGGUGGAAAGCCAAAUUUAAUCAUAUGUUCUAUUGAAGGUUUAUUCCUUGAA